GUUACCAUUUAAUACUCGCAGUCUCGCAUCUCAACUCAACACUGGUGUAACGUAACCAUGUAAAGUCGAACAAUUUGAGACUGCUCGAAGAAGAAGAAAAUGUCCAAUGAAAGGCACAGUUCCGGGAUUGCAUCUCCCGAAGAUAAUACUUUAUUCCUUGACAUACUACAUGAGGCACCUUUAUUUGGUCGCCGGAAGCCUACACGCAUUGCUGGGAGCAUUUUCUACUGUUUUCUAUUGGCAAGCAGGUUUUGCUAGUUUGGCUGUGGGCGCCAGUUGGGUGUUUCAUCCCAUCAAAGAAUUAGUGCCUCCCCUUCUAUGCAGUUGUAAUGUAGUCCUCUUAUUUACCACAGGCAUUUUUCAACAAUACCUAGUACACCAAGUGAAAAAAAUCCGACUACAGGGCUACUAUGUUUUCAGCCAGAAGUUGAAGCAUAUAGUUCGCUUACCAUUUGCUGCAGUUGCUUAUGGAACCGCUGCAAUGUUGCUUGUCAUGGUCUGGGAACCACACAUUAGCUUUCUCUCAAUGUCUAUGUUACUCAGAAUCAUUUUACUGGUUGAAGUAGUAUGUGCUAGUUCCUUCAUGAGUGCAUAUAUUGGUUAUGUGCAUCAGUACAACUCGCUUGAUUCUCAACCUGAUGUUUUAAAAUCACUUUAUUCGCCGCUUCAACCAUCAAGCUCUUUGGAGGGUUUAAGGUAUCAUGAUGGUGGCCGGCUCUCUGAUCAGCAGAUGGCUUUAUUGCACUAUCAACAAGAAAAUAUUCACUUUUUGAAUGAGGAGAUACUUAGAUUGCAAGAAUGCUUAUGUAAAUAUGAAGGAUGCAAUGAUGGGAGUGCGCCUCAGGUUGAUCUUGCUCAUCUGUUGGCAACUCGUGAUCAGGAAUUACGCACGAUUUCAGCUGAGAUGAAUCAAAUGCAAUCUGAGCUAAGGCUUGCUCGAUCACUUAUUGCCGAGAAGGAUGCUGAGAUUCAACGCUUACGUGGUAUAAACAAUCAGGUCUGUUCUUAGAGCUUUUGUUGUGCUUCCUGUGUUUUCAGAAGUUUUGUUUUGUUCUGAUAUUUUUAUAGAACCAUGUUUGGCAGACCUGUUAUAGUGUUAUGUACAUCUGGUAUAUAAGGUAUUUAUUACUCCCUCAGUCCCAAAUUGUAAGAUACAUUUACUAUUCACUUGGUCAACAUAAACCACUCUUAAUCUUUUAGUUUAUAUAUCAAAAGUUUAUGAAAUUUGAAUUAUUUUUUGCAGGUUUUGUAGCGGUUUUAAUGUAGUUUCCGAAUAUGUAAAUUUUAUUAUCUAAAACUAAUUUGAGUGUUGACAGGGAUCAAUUUGCUUUAUCAUCGGUCAAACAUCGUAAACCGUAAAGUAUCUUACAAAUUGGGACGGAGGGAGUACAUAAAAGAGUAUCAAAGUCAAACCUGUUUCGUAUACAAUAUUUAUACCUUUUUAAAGACAUUAUAUGAUUGGCUAAAGGGUCAAAUAAGCCCUUGAACUGACUUAAAGUGUUCAAUUAGCCUCUUAUAUAGUAGGUUCUGCCCGUCCGUCGCCAAUUGGGGCGGUUCCCAGUGGAAUUUUUUGAUGAAUUUUUUUUAGCAUCUUCUUCAUUAAGUCUAGUUUACUCAUACCAAAUUUCAGCUAAAAAUUCAACCAGGAAGGUAGUCAAAUGAUUUUUUGAAGGUAACUGCGAAGUUAAACAACGCAGUACAUUUCGGAAAAUCAUUUGAUUGCCUUCCCGGUUGAAUUUUUAGCUGAAAUUUGGUAUGGAUAAACUAGACUUAAUGAAGAAGAUGCUAAAAAAAUUCAUCAAAAAAUUCCACCGGGAAACCACCCCAAUUGGCGACGACCGGGCAGAACCUCCUAUAUAAGGGGCUAAUUGAACACUUUAAGUCAGUUCAAGGACCUAUUUGACCCUUUAGCCUAUAUGAUUAUAACAAAAACUUUGCUUGUUCUAAAAAAGUAUCGAACUCAGAAACAUGCAUUUGGAAUCCAUCAACGCAAUGCAUUCGUAUUUCUUAUAUAGCAACAUCCAAGUCUUAGUCUCAAAAGAUUCGGGGUCGGCUAACAUGAAUUGACAUGUCACAUCGGAGCAAGGACAUGAAGACAUUCAUA